UCUUACAGCCGACUCGGAUUCGCCCAUGUCGGCGCCUGGGGGCUGCGGACCGACAGGGACUAACGGGAACGCCGCUUUGACCGCCCCACUGUCCCACGUCAGCAACGGAAGCAUCCCUGUAGCUGCCAUCGGUCAGCAACACUGCGCCAUCUGCGGAGAUAGGGCGACCGGCAAACAUUAUGGGGCGGCUUCUUGCGACGGCUGCAAAGGGUUUUUCAGGAGGAGUGUCAGAAAGAAUCAUUUGUAUACUUGCAGAUUCAACCGGAAUUGUGUGGUCGACAAGGAUAAAAGGAACCAAUGCAGAUACUGUCGAUUACGGAAAUGUUUCAAAGCCGGCAUGAAAAAAGAAGCUGUACAAAAUGAAAGAGACAGAAUAAGUUGUAGAAGACCCAGUUACGAAGAAAACAAUCAGAACAAUGGCCUCUCGGUCAGUUCUUUGCUCAAUGCUGAAAUGUUAUCGAGACAAGUUGGAGCUGCUUUAGAACAAAUGGGAUCCACGCCAGUUAACGACUACGACUUAUCAGGCCGACAAGAAGCAAAUCUCAACGAUAUAUGCGAUUCCAUGAAACAGCAGCUUCUUAUAUUGGUAGAGUGGGCGAAAUACAUUCCAGCUUUUACAGAACUACAAUUAGACGACCAAGUAGCUUUAUUGAGAGCCCACGCAGGAGAACAUUUACUAUUGGGUUUAUCCAGACGAUCAAUGCAUCUAAAAGACAUUCUACUAUUAGGGAAUAAUUGCAUAAUAACGAGACAAAAUCCUGUUUUACCCGUACCUGAUACGUCCGCAGAUCUCAGCAUUGCUCGUGUCGGAUGCCGCAUCAUGGAAGAACUGGUCAAACCGAUGACCGAAGUGCAGAUCGACGAUACUGAAUUUGCUUGUCUAAAGGCCAUCGUCUUUUUUGACCCAAAUGCUAAAGGCCUGCUCAAUUCAGACCGCAUCAAGCAACUGCGCUUCCAAAUCCAAAUCAACUUGGAGGAUUAUAUCAGCGACAGACAAUACGACAGCAGGGGGCGAUUUGGAGAGCUAUUGCUCACUUUACCGGCGUUACAAUCGAUUACAUGGCAAAUGAUUGAACAAAUUCAGUUUGCUAAAUUGUUCGGAGUCACACCUAUUGACAGUUUGUUGCAAGAAAUGCUCUUAGGAGGCGGUAUCGACAAUAGUCCAGCCCUGAUAGUGCCUGGCCAGGUGGCUUCGCCUCAGCCUCAACACAACUUGAACAAUAACAACGGUUAUCAGCACAGCGAUUCUACCGACAGUCCUGUCACGUCGCCGACUACAAUGCCCAGUAGCCCUGCUGAUCACCUGAUCAACGGAGGCAAUGUUGCCAGUCCGCCGAUGCAUCCAUCAUCGAAUGGAGCUUCCAGUGUCUUGAUCAUGAGAGAAAUAGGAGCAAUGGACGAAUCAUACAGCCUAAGCUUCAAGCCUGAACCAAUUAAAGAAGAACAGCAUGGCUUUUAA